CAUUGGGGCCGGGGGCGGGGCUGGCUAUCGCCGCCCGCACCACCGCCCUAGCCCGGCCGCAGAGAUUGAGCGGAGCCGCAGCUGCCUCCCGCCUCUCCCGCGCCGCCAUGGGGGUGGAAGGCUGUACCAAGUGCAUCAAAUACCUCCUCUUCGUCUUCAACUUUAUCUUCUGGCUGGCUGGAGGCAUCAUCCUGGGAGUGGCCCUGUGGCUCCGGCAUGACUCGCAGACCACGAAUAUCCUGUACCUGCAGCUUGGGGACAAGCAGGCCCCCAACACCUUCUAUGUUGGAAUCUACAUCCUGAUUGCAGUUGGAGCUGUCAUGAUGUUCGUGGGGUUCCUGGGAUGCUACGGUGCUAUUCAGGAGUCUCAGUGCCUUCUGGGAACGUUCUUCACUUGCCUGGUGAUCCUGUUUGCCUGCGAAGUUGCAGCUGGAAUUUGGGGAUUUGUCAACAAAGACCAAAUAGCCAAAGAUGUGAAGCAGUUCUACGAUCAAGCAUUUCAACAAGCGCUCAUGGCAGAAUCAGAGACAAACAAUGGGAAAGCUGUAGUGAAGACCUUUCAUGAAACGCUGGACUGCUGUGGUCCCGAUAAUGCAAUAGGAGUUAUCACUCCCCUGUGGAGAGAAGACCUCUGCCCAAAGAAGGACUCCAUCCUGAAAACCGUGUUUGAGACCUCAAGCUGCCACAAAAAAAUUGACGAGCUGUUCUCUGGGAAGCUGUACCUGAUCGGUAUCGCUGCCAUCGUGGUUGCCGUGAUCAUGAUCUUCGAAAUGAUCCUGAGCAUGGUGCUGUGCUGUGGCAUAAGGAACAGCUCCGUCUACUGAGCCGUGAGAGCCAGGGAGGGGAAGGGGGGAGCAGGGCAGACGGCGCUAGAGGGGACCCCAAGUGCCACCAAGUGACCAGGAGACAUUGCAACAAAAGACAAAGGAAACUAUGUAUAUAAAUACUUCCAAUAUUACCAUACAGUACUUACCAUUUUUAUUUUGAAGUACUUUUUUUUUUUUUAAUAAAUAAAACUUUCCCAUAUCCUUGUGGCUGAGUUAGUUACACAUCAGUUUUGUGUGAUGAAGAAAGCUGCUGUAGCAGAUCAAGUCCUUCCUCCCCCUUCCCCACCUCCCAUCACUCAGAAAUAAUGUUGGUGGAAGAUGUACAGAGGAGAAGGCUGCAGCCUGUUAUCAGAAAACUUUGCCUUGGUUUUUACUCUCUUUUUCAACACCAACUUCUUUUAUAUACACAAUCGGAUGCUGAAGCAGGGUUUAGCAUUUUUGUUUGUUUGUACUUAUCUUUUCCUACCAUCACCCCAACUCCCCAGCAUUUCCAGGCAGUCCGAAGGGAAGCCUGGCUGACCGCCCGCAGCCUGGGAGAGGGGAGAGGAGGGGAAACAGCCCCCAUUGCCCGGGUGCCAUGUGUCCCAGGGGAAACACUGGUGCUUUGUUCCUCUCUGACCUGUUUGCAUCACUAGGUCAAUCCUUAACAGAAGACACGCUUAAAUUUUUUUACUUUCUGAAGAGUGGGAAUGUUCUUAGCUUUUUGUUUUUGUGGUGUGGUUUGUUGUUUUUUGGGGUUUUUUUUCCUUGGGGCUAUAACUUUAUAAAUUGGCUCAUUUUCAGUGAUUUGUUACAUUAAAGGGUCAGUGGCUGGGGGUGAAUUUAGUCCCAGUUUUUCAAAUAUAACAAACUGAAAAUUAAGUCACUUUUUAACCUCCUUCAAUGUUUCUAUGUUUCUUUAUAGACAUAUGUUUUUAGGAGAGUCUAGUUCUGUACUAAGUUUCCACUGUUAAGCUAAUGCUUGCAUACCAAUGAUAUUGGGAAAAAAAGGAGAAAACUGAAAAAAAAAAAAAUCCUUAACCAUAGAAAUCUGUCAUUCAUGUAUUGCAGGAUGAUGCUUGGGGGUUCCCAGCCAAAUGCAUACAUGUUUAAAAUUUCGUCUUUGUAUCACUUUCUUGUUCAAAUGAAAUUUUCCUUACUUAUAGCAUAUUGUCGCACACUGUAACGUUGCUGGGAAAUCGUUAUAACCAGAUUUUGGAGAAAAAAAAAAAGCUUAUUUUUAAGACCUUCCAUUUACGGUUACAUCAACGGCGGGAGAUCAGCUUUUCAAAGCAAGGGAAUUCAGGAUUUUAGAUCGCACCAGUGGAAACACUUUCUUGUGACCUGGUGAGCUCUGAUUGCCAGUUUGAUGUAUGUGGCUUCUGUCGUAUGCCACUCUGUUACCAUGUAGAUAGAGGGGGAGAGUGACCCAGGAGCUAUGUAAGAAAACCAGAGUGUCUCUAAAAAGAUGAUCUAUAUGUAUAGUUCUAUAGAUAUAUAUUUUUAAGCAAAGCCUUUUUCUUAGCUGUAUGGGCACUUGAGCUGGGAACAAUAGUAUCUUUUAGCUCUUUGCCACCUUGAAGUAGGUAAGGGGAGGAGUUGAAACUAGUGAUCAGCUUCCCCACUUCAGGAGUUAUUCCUGUUUCCUGAAGUAUGUUGCUUUCCACCUUCAUUGCAACAAAGAGCUCCGGAUCGGAUUGGGGCAGGGAGAGACCUGUGACCAUUUUAAACUAGUACCUUGUCCACUGCACAUGGCUGCUGUGGCCUUUGCCACCACAGGACAGGAGAUUCCUGCACUGGGGCAAACUGAUCCAUUCGGAGGCUUUUUUCACCUUCCACUCCCCCCUUUUCUCUUCCUGCCUUUUAGUAUAUAGGGCCUUUAAAAAUUAUAUAGGUAAAUAUAUCUAUCAAGUUGUGCUGGGUAAGAGGAGGAAGUGCUUCAACAGAACUUCAGAUUGAGGGGUUGGGCAAGAAAAGAUUCAGCCUUAGAAACAGCCUUAAAGCAACACUGCCCUGAAUGUCCACAUUGUGCACAUCGAGAAUGAGAUGAGGUUUUGCCAUAGGAAACCCCUUCCCCUGCUCCCCAGCGUAGCUCCUUCAGGUCAUCUACUCUGUUAUGUGGCUAUAUGUAUAUGCAUCCACCAAGCAUGUGUGUUUACAUAUAUGUGCAUCGGGAUUGUUAGCAUACAGAAUGGACGUGUAACUUGCCGCCUUUUUUGUUGACUGUUGAUAAAUGUGUAUAAAUAUGCCAUUAAGCAUUUCAAUUCUGUUUUCUUUCCUUACGCGGUAUUUUUGAUAUUGUUCAGUAUUCAGUUGAUGCUGUGUAAGUAGCUGGAGGUCUGUUUGAAGAUGGGCAGGGUCUCAGUGCAGCUCAGGGGUGUCCUUGGACAUUGUAGCUUUAGGGGUCUGGGUUGUCCCAGGCAGGAGCAAUUGGGAUAAAGUGGUAUUCAAUAGGGAGUCUGACAGCUGUGGGAGGAAGAAGAGCGGGGUGUCUGCUCAGAUCGUGUCCUGCACAGGCUGUGGUUUGCGCUCUGGCACGUUUCAGAGGUGGCUUGUCGCUGCGGGGAGCUCUGGCGGCAGCUCUGCCAACCACCUCCUGUCCCUGUGGCUGCUGCAGGAAAGGUGCAGCAAAAGGGGAGCAGCCAGGGCCUGGUAAAGUCGUGGGAGGGGGCAGAAGGAGUUUUGCAGGGAGAGGGCAAUGCUUGCUUUAGAGUUACUAGCUGAGAGUCCCCAUGUUCCACGGCCAUCAGCUGCAGCAGGAGGGGUCAGCCCUGGGAGAAGAGGGACAGAGAGGAACCAUCAUGCUUAAGAACACUGAAGCAGCUGAGAAACCCUCAUGGAAAAAAACGCCCAUUUGGGUCUCCUCUAGUCCAGCCCCCUGUGAAGCUGGACCCAGGUUAAAAUAAACUAGAGAGGGAGCUUUGAAGGGCUGUUGCAAGCACUUGGGAUCCAUAAGUGACAGGGCUAUUCUGCCAGCUGGUCAGUCCCAAAGCUGGCUGAGAUGAAGGGGAAAAAAACAGUAGGUAGGACCUCUGCCCUGUCUCAAACCCUCUAAUGCAUAACUGCGCAUUUGUGUGCAACAUGGGGCCCUGACCUGCACCCCACUGCACCCCCAAAAAACAAAGGAUGAAAUUGUGGGCUGUAAGUAUAAACCCUUCCCUUUCCAGGGAAGCAUCCUCCUGGAGCUAGUGAUGGCUGAGAAAAUGGCUGAGCUGAUAGGAGGAGGAGGAGGGAGAGGAGGGAGGCUGGUGGGGAAUAAGAGUCAACUGUCCAGGUCUAAGUUCAAAGACCACAUCAAAAGGUCAAACAGAGCUGCUGACAGCUUAACUGAAUGCUUGAGUUUUUUUCAUACUGUGGAGCAUGCCACAAAGCAGUGUGUUUAACUUCUUUCUGCCUUUUUUUUUUUUAAAGAAAUGAAACAAAAAUCAAUUUAAUAAACAUUUCUCAUAGUGUG